CUAUGAACAUGAAUAUAAUAGAGCCUCGUUUUAUUUAGGAUUGUAACUGGGACAAAGAAAUUACUGGAUCGUACACAGCUCAGUAGCAUUAACGGUAAGACUUUCUACAUUCUAUAGAAUACCUACCCUCGUUCUAUUUCAUGGUCAUCUUUGGAUGGGUGUGAUUAGUGCCAUGAUUUAAUGAUCUUAUAGAUCAGAAAACAUACAACUUAACGAUGCAAUUAAUGUUCAACAGAGAAUGUAUGCACGUUGCAAAUUAAACCGCUGGGAUCAGGAAAUAUAACUCGUGAAAUAUUAUAAAAAAUGAGUUGUGACAGUGACUGCAGUAAUUCUCUAGUGACCUUUACAGACAGCGGGUCUAAUGACCAACACUAAAGAGAGAAAAAAUAUAUAACUUGUGUUCUGACAUAUUGGGCAAUUUAGAAGGAAUAACAGAAUUUGGGAUAAAGGAGAAUCAAACACAUUUGUAAACUGACCUGGAGCUGGGCACAGAUAAACCACAUCAUGUGAUCUCCUUAACUUUGACAGCUAACACAUUACUGAAUACAGUCAGUCACCACCACGGUGAUGCCAAUCACAUGCUAACAGCCCCUCUUGUGCGGGGUCUACUUUUAAUGGCUGCAAAAUACGCCGGGCAUUUUUAGAAGACAUACACUAUAAUUGGCUGCGUUGACGAGUUAAACAAGGGAACUGUAUCCAUUUAAAUUUCACGGAUUUUCAUCAACAAAAAAGGGGGGACCACUACAGGAAGAGAUUUAAUCAUCUUUGUAAACAGCAAAGAGUAACAGGUAAAAGAAUAAAUUAUAUAAUAUAUAUAUAGUUCUUUUGUGACUUAAACACUUUUCUAAAUGAAGCAUAUUGGAAGCUUAUUUGCAAGAUCAGCCGUGGGCUAAACUUUUAAAAAGUACAGCAAUAAUCAGACAUAGCAAGAAAUGUCUUUGCUUUAUAAAUUUGCCUUAAAAUUACAUCUGUUUUUUUUGGGGUUUUUUAAACUCCAUUGUGCCCACUUAUUGGUAAUUGUUCUCUGCAGAAUUUAUCUACAAUUCACAUUACAUUUGUUUUACUAACAAAAAUCUUGUUUUGCAACAAAAAUACACAUGUGAUUAGCAAACAUAGCAUACUGAGAUGUAACUAUAUAUACUGAUCGUGCAGGCCUACAGAGCGUUGAAUUAUAAACAAUCAAGAGUUUCAUUUACUAAACUGAAGGCAAAAUAGUAUAACUGGAAAAUGUCAUAACUAUUAAAUUUGCCAGCAUGACAAGUUUAAAUUUUGCAAUUUAGUGGUUUAUGGGGGUUUUUUUAUGCACAGAAUAAAGACAUUUCCAUUAAUGCUAUAUAAUGCUUUUAAAAAUUCUUCGUCGUUUACUUUUUAGACAGCAAACUCUGCAGUUUAUUUAUUCUUGUCAAAGACCUUGUUUGCUUGUUUUUUUCCGUACGAACACUGAAUCGCAGCUAAGCCAAUAAUGCCAUUCUUUGGGUGGAUGAAAUGGACAAAAAGUGAAUCUGACAAGUCUACACAAUAUUCUGGGUCAGACAUCGUUACGAAGACUUUAUUAAGAGAAUUGCAAUGGCACCUGGGUGAGCGUGAACGCUUGCUGCAUGAAAUUGAAAAUGAACAGAAGGUCCAAAAACCAGGAGUGGAUUACAACUGGAUAAGGAACGACCACAGCUUAAAGCCAAGUAUUCCCGUCACCGAACAAAAGCAGCUGGAGGUUUUGUGUUCUCAGAUCCAGCCAUGUCACACAGGAAUAGUGCUAAGCAGGUAAGAAAUUUUUUUUAACUAGAUUUUAAAAUGUUGUUGCAUAAAAUAUAUAUAUAUAUAUAUUUUUUUUUUUUUUUAAACUGCCUGUGUGAUCUGCCUAGGUUAGCAGAUUUUAAAAUAUUAAAUGUGUGUUAGAAUUUUAUAUUUCUUGAAAAUAAAUAUAUAUAUAUAUAUAUAUAUAUAUAUAUAUAUAUAUAUAUAUAAAAAAAACAAGCCUAAUAGUAGCAGCAUUUUUAGAGAUGAAUAAUGUACAAUCACAUUUCUACUAUUUACUCAUUGAGAAAAAAAAAAAAAAACAUUUGCACAUGAAUAGGUUUUACAGAAUUCUUCAUUAUAUAAAAUAUUGCCUUUUAAUGCCUUUACAAGCUUUACCCUAUAAAUAUUCACUUGGGGUCUUUCUUUAACUCACAGCAAACAUCAAACGUGACGUUUUCACAGGCUGAUACGAUCAAUAUAAUUUACAGCUAAAUAAAACAAUGAAAGGGAUUGUAUAUUUUAAUGUGUGUUUAGAUGACCCCGUGUUGGGCAACUAAUGUAGAAUUCUGAAACAAUAAGGAAAAAAAAGUCCGGAUUCUUUAAACAUAAAAAUAUUAUCCGGUAGCCAAGGGUUUUGAAAUCAAAUACAUGGGCACCUGGUCUAACUAGAUGCCAUCGUGACAAUGCCUAAGAAAUCUGUCAAGCUCUGAAAGGGUAGAUAUAUUUUACAUAGCUAGCAUACUUACUUAGCAUGCCUAGUUUGGACCAAAUGAGUAACUUCUAAGCUAAUUAACACCAAAGAGCUUACAUACAUCUGUUACUUCCAUGUUUUUAAUGGAUGGUUUUCUUUUAAAUCUGAUAUAUACUAAAUGUUAGAAGGAUGUACAUUGUGAACAAACCGAGCAAAGCCUGUUUACAAAAGAUAGAGAUUUAUUUAUUUGACCUCAGGCAAGUGAGAGAACCCAAUGGCUGUAUUUUUUAAAUUUUAUGGCCAGAAAAUAGCUACUUAUACAUAGUUCUAAAUGAUAUAUAUGUAAUAAGAAGCAAUCUGAAACAGACACCAUUAUAAACAAAAAUUGGUGUUUCAAAUGUUUUGGUUUUACAGUAAAUAGCAAUAAAAAAAAAGUCUAACAAAUUUCCUUAAUAUAAUUUGUAGAUUUCGUGAAGUUCUGGCAGAAAACGAUGUGCUACCUUGGGAGAUAGUGUACAUAUUUAAGCAAGUUUUAAAGGAUUUCCUGAAUUCUCUAGAAAAAGAAAGUCAACAGGUGAAGCUCAUGGAUAUGUGGAACGCCAACUGUACCGUCAACUUUAUGAUACCAAGCGACAGCCCAUCUAAUUCACACAAGGAAGAAAUCCCCACAGUUUCAAGCUAUGUUGACAGAAACACUCAGAGUUUAUUCCCAAGUUUCUCCCAUCGAAUAUGGAAUCUGCCAUACUAGCAUCCUUCAACAUAAAAAACAAAAUAAUUCAGAAAAGAUUCCCCCCUACUUCCUUUGAAAACUAGAUCUUAAACAAAGUUCCUAUGCAUUGUUUAUAUGUAAAUAUACAAACCUAAAAAGCAAUAUUCUUUGUAGACAAGUAUUGUAGCUAUUUUUACAUAACAAGUUGAGAAAUAAAAACAAAGUAGGCUUGGCAUUGUCCUGCAUAGAACAUAUUUUUUGUAUGUGAAACGUAUGUAGAUUACAUAUGGAUGCAUAUAGUAAGUCUAGUUCUUUUAUAUGCAAUAAGCGGUCUCUGUUUUUUAUACAAAUAGCAAAGAAAUUGUUUGGCAUUAGAUAAGAGAGUAACGGAAAUUAACAGGGCUUUUUUUAUAUACUAAAAUUGGGUUAAAACACUGUUUUUGUGCACCUGUCAUGAACACACACUUAAAACAUAAGACUUUUUUUUUUUUUAAACCGAGAUGCUGUCAUAUCAUCAUUAUGCGGUAAGUAUUUCCGGAUACAUGUUCUGUCCCUUGCUUUCUGGGAUCAAACUUAAAGGGAUCCUAUAGUGCCAGGAAAACAAACCUGUUUUCCUGGCACAAUAGGCUUCUGGAGUGCCCCCUUCCCUCGGGGCCUCCCUCCAGCGGGGCUGAGGGGGUUACAACCCCUUCAGCCACUUAUCUGACUCGAGCACCGAUAUCCCUCGGCGCCAGGUCAAGCUCCGCCCACACUCCUCCCCCGGAAUGGCCGCGUGCACAUUAGAACUCCCCAUAGGGAGGCAUUAUUUGAUGCUUUCAUAUGGGGAAAUUCUGACGCUGGAGGUCCUCGUGGAGAGCGUGAGGACAUCCAGCAUCAGAUAACAGACCAAAAGUCUGUUUGGAUUCCGGAAGCCCUCUAGUGGCUGUCUAUUAGACCGCCACAGAGGGCAGACUUAAAGCUGCAAUGUAAACAUUCUCUGGAACUGCAAUGUUUAACAUUGCAGCACUAAGUGCAAAAGGGUCACAGCACACAGACUACUUCAAUUAGCUAAAGUGGUCUAGGUGCCUACAGUGUCCCUUUAAAUGCUCUGUAGCCAAAGCAGAUUAAUGCACAAUAAUAAUAGUGGACUGGAAGAUAACUGUGUAAAAAUCUAAAUGUAAAGUAAACAUUAGUCAUUACAGGGACACUAUAGUCACCAAAGCAACUUCAGCUUAAUGAACCAGUUUUUGUGUAUAGAUCAUCCCUCUUAAAUUUUACUGCUCAAUACUCUGCCAUUUAGGAGUUAAAUCACGUUUGUUUCUGUUUAUGCAGCUCUAGCCACACCUUCCCUGGCUGUGACUGACCGCCUGAAUGACAACAAAAUGGUUUCAUUUUCUAUCAGAUGUUACUUUGAAUGGGUUUAUAUCCUGCUCUGUGAUUCAAACUUUAAUUACAUACAGAAGGUUUGUGCAGGAUCUAGAAAACUAUUAACAGAGCAAGAGACAAGAAAUUCUAUUUUAAAUAGAAUUUGCUAUAAAGGAAGUGUAAACAUUAGGUGACUCUUUACAGGAAGUGUUUUGGAAGGCUGUGUAAGUCACAUACAGGGAGGUGUGGCCAGUGCUGCAUAAACCUAGUGAUUUUACUCUUAAAUGGCAGAGAAUUGAGCAGUGAGACUGCAGGGGCAUGAUCUAUACACCCAAACUGCUUCAUUAAGCUAAAGAUUGUUGGUGACUAUAGUGUCCUUUUAAGCUAAAUUAUUUUCAGCCUGAAAUUACCUUUGUUACAUUUUUAGAUCACCCACUUUCAAAGACUAAAGCACAGUUAAAUAAAUAAAGUAAUGAAAUCAGGAAUCAUUAUGUAUUUAUGCCCAUUAUUAGUCACAUAGUACAGUACUAAAGUGAUCUAACUUCAGGGUUAGCAGUUAUAUUCUGAGAAAUGUCAUCUCACACAUUUCUCCUCCUGAGUUUAAAAAAAAUUAAACCACCGAGUUUGGAAACUAAUGGUAAGUAAAAAGCUCCUUCCUGGCUUAUCAUUGUACACAACUUAUAUAUAUAUAUAUAUAUAUAUAUAUAUUUAUUUAUUUUUUUAUUUUUUUAUUUAUUUUUUUUGGUAAACGAAAUCAUCAGUACACUGUGCACUAUGACUGCUAGGAAACAAAGGUUUUCUCAAAAGGAACACUCCCUGCGUCAUAAACAGAAACCUUUCUUUGUAACACUGUAAAAUGCAAUUUAGAUAAUAGUGCACCCUCAUAGUUUCCUAAAAAAAUUAGGCAACUUGCCUAUAAUAUGGCAGCAGGAGGGACCUCACCACAGCUGGUCUCUGCCUCCGGGAGAUCAUGACUUCUGAUAUUUCCCAGCCAAGCCAAUAUUUCUCAGAGGAGCAUUGGGACGUGAGCCGAAUUAAAGUCGAAUGCUGUGCUUGCUAUGCUUCUCUAUGAAUAGCCCUCAUUCCCGCACCCUCUCUGCUGUUUGAAUGAUAGUCAGGAUGGGUGCAACCCAGACACUUUAUGAAAAGCGUCAAUUUCUCCUAAAAUCUGUGUUUUUAAAAAAUAAAAUAAAA